AUGCGUCCUUCCACUUUGCAGAAGUCAUGUACAGAUGAGUGGUUCCACCUGUCACAUUUCCCAUCAAAGGCGGAGCCCGCCUACAAUAUCGAUCGAUCGAAAACGGCCAUACCUGCUGUGAUAGCAAUCAUUUCGUUGGUGCACGAUUGCGAGAUGUUUCGACAAAUGAGGAACGUCACGGAAAGAUUUUCCAAGUUUUCAGCAAUGAGCUCUGCUGAGCAGAUGGCCGCUGAGUACGAGCAAGAUGGUGGACCGGAAUUCACUGGAUCAUCCGGAAAGCGAUCGAAGGCUGAGCAGGCGAGAACAAGCACUCGGGAAGUGAGUUCUUUUAUCGGCAUCAGGAACUACACCUCCUCACUAGCCUCCGUUGUUGCUGUCGUUUUGUUUGGGGGAAAGAAAAAACUACUGGCUGUAUUCAUCGGCUGGGUCCCGCAAGUCACUGUACACGCGUUCAUAAACCUCAAACGAUUUGGAAGUGGACGUGGUGGCGAUUCCAUGUGGAUUCAUUAA